AUGCGCCAGCGCCUCACCCUGCUCAACUCGCAUGCGCCGCACUCUCAGCGCAGGCUCCGCACACGCGCAGUGUGGCCCUCACCGCCGUGUCUCGCUCUGCGCAUGCGCAACACCCACGGCCACUCAGGGCUCCCCACGCCACCCGUGUGCUUCCCGCAGCUCCCGCAGCGCGCAUGCGCGCUCUCCGCCGCGGUGGCGCAGCGGGGAGGGCGCCGCUCUCGCACUGCUAAGAUCGCAAGUUCGAUCCCCGCCACAGCCAUCGCGGGGGUCGCGGAACCGGGGGUCGCACCGGAGCCGCGGUCGCACCGGAGCCGGUGUCCCAGCAGAACCGGGGGUCCCAUGGGUGAGCGCUGCCCGGGGACCCCGCGCGCGGCCCGGAGGGGACGCGGAGCGCCCGGCACGGCCGGUGCCACCGGGAGGGGUCCCCGAGGCUCGGGGGGCGCGGGCAGGGGGCGCGGGGGGCUCCGCGUGGCCGCCCUCAGCCUCGCCCUCCUCUUCCUCCGCGCAGAGGCCGAAGGCUUCGCCCUCUGCCACGCGCCCGCGCUGCAGACCAAGGUGUUCCAGUACCGGCUGUGGGACGUGAACCAGCGCUCGCUGUACCUGCGCGAUGACCAGCUGGUGGCCGGGCACCUGCAGGGCGCCAACGCCGCGCUGGAAGAGAAAGUGUUCUGGGUGCCCAACCGAGCCCUGGAGCCCGCGCGGCUGCCGGUGAUCCUGGGGAUCCGGAGCGGCUCCCGCUGCCUCCGCACCGAGCGCGGCCCCGCCGGAGAGCCCCGGCUGCGGCUGCAGGACGUGGACAUCCGGGAGCUGCCCCGCGCCGGUGACAGCGGCGCCGCCUUCACCUUCUUCCGCUCCUACCGGGACGGGCUGUGGCGCUUCGAGUCGGCCGCGCACCCCGGCUGGUUCCUGUGCACGUCCCCGCGCGGCCACCAGCCCCUGGCGCUCUGUCGCCACCGCGAUGUCACCUCCAACCUGCUCGACUUCUACUUCCAGCUCUGCUGAGCGCCCCCGGGCCCCGCGCGGGGACAGCGGGGACCCGGGGCGGUGGCAUCUUCCCGGGGAGGGUGGCAUCACCCCUAGAACGGUGACAUCUUCAUCUCAGGGUGGUGGCAUCUUCCUGGGGAGGGUGGCAUCACCCCUAGAACGGUGACAUCCCUCUGGGGAGGGCGGCAUCUCCCCCAGAGUGGUGACAUCCCGCUGGGGAGGGUGACAUCCCGCUGGGGAGGGUGGCAUUCCCCUCAGCACGGUGGCAUCCCCCUGGGGAGGGUGGCAUCUCCCCCAGAGUGGUGACAUCCCCCUGGAGAGGGUGGCAUCACCCCCAGGACGGUGACAUCCCCCUGGGGAGGGUGGCAUCACCCCCAGGACAGUGACAUCCCCCUGGGGAGGGUGGCAUCUCCAGGCAUCUGUCCCCCAUUCCCUGUCCCCCCGGGUGGUGACACCUUCCUCCCAAGGUGGUGACAUCUUCCUGGAGAGGCUGGCAUGCCCCCCAGCCUGGCGACAUCCUCACCCAGCGGGGGUGACAUCCUCGCUCCUCGGCGACAUCUUCCCCAGGACGGUGACAUCCAUCCCGGACCGUGCCACCCCCCCUUGCUCCGGGGCGGUGCCAUCCCCCUGGGGACAGC